AUGGAAUGUGUCAGCUGGUAUAAUCUGGGAGACCCGUGGUGCGCCUCCGGCUAUGAGACAUAUCAUUAUGAAGUCCCAGGCCAUCCGGUCGGCAGAUACUGCCAACGACCAUGCAGUGACUCCGAGCAAAGGCAAUGCAACGCGCAAUUGUGCGACAAGGGCAGGGCGCUCUGCAGCGAGCAUGCAACGGCUCCGCGUUGCCAGCUGGCUGUAAAGAGAUGUGAAGACCCUGUCAAGAUGCCGGAAAAUGUCUGUGUCAGCGAGGACCUGCGAGAAUCUGUGCUGUAUGAUACGGCACGCGGAACAUGCUCUGUGGAUAAGAGUGUGAAGCCAGGACAAUACGGCCCAGGGAGCAAGGACGUGACGUUGGAAGUGGUGGUCAUUGGUUCGGACGAACGUCUAAAGGUGACAUGUAGUGGGCUUUCGGAGGGGGGUGCGGUGGGUUACCGGUCCGAAAUUGGGGAAACUGAUGGUUUGCAAUGCUCGGACUUCGGGGAUCGUUGUGCGGUGACCGAACGAUCUGUGCUGGAUGAGGUUGUGACCGCAGGGAAGAUGCUGUGUGAUCGGGAACAGCGUGCGUACGGCAAAGAGGCUGUUUUCGAAAGUAAAAUAGAACAGCCUCCCGACGACUUCCUUGGCUAG